GUUGCGCGCGACAGAGUAGGCUGACGUAGAACACAUCUCGGGCGUUGGUAUAGCUGCUACCUGGCAUUUGUUGGUUGCUUUGAGACGAACUGAAUUGGAACUAUGAGUCUCUGGGUUGAUAAACAUCGUCCGAAAGCGCUAGAAAAAUUGGACUAUCAUCGAGAUCAGGCGGCGCAACUGAAAAAACUUGUGAAUGCUGGAGACUUUCCACACAUGUUAGUAUAUGGACCAUCAGGAGCUGGAAAGAAAACUCGGAUCACUUGCAUGCUGCGGGAGUUGUAUGGAGCAGGAAUAGAAAAGCUAAAGAUAGAACAUCAGACAUUUACGACACCUUCUAAUAAGAAGAUUGAAGUAACGUCUAUUGCAAGCAAUUACCACAUCGAACUUAACCCCAGCGAUGCUGGGUACAAUGAUCGUGUUGUUGUGCAAGAAAUGAUCAAAACAGUGGCACAAUCACAUCAGCUGGAGACAUCAAAACAAAAAGAUUUUAAAGUGAUUUUAUUGAAUGAAGUUGAUGGUCUCACUAAGGAUGCUCAGCAUGCCCUUCGUCGUACCAUGGAAAAGUACAUGUCAACGUGCAGACUUAUUUUGUGCUGCAACAGCACUAGUAAAGUUUUGCCAGCUGUAAGGAGUCGUUGCCUGGGAAUAAGAGUAGCUGCUCCCACCCAUGAAGAAAUUUGUCGCAUUCUACAGCAGACUUGUAAGAAGGAGGGACUGGUAUUGCCGAUUGAGUUGGCGAAGACAAUAGCAGAGAAGUCGAGUAGAAAUCUGAGGAAAGCUCUGCUUAUGUGUGAAGCUGUGAGAGUUCAGAAUCCACAGUUUACCCCUGAUCAACCAGUUCAAGAUGCUGACUGGGAAAUUUAUUUGAUGGAGACAGCAAAUUUGAUUGUAGAGCAGCAGAGCCCUAAACGAUUGUUGGAGGUGCGUGGGAGAAUUUAUGAGUUAUUGACCCAUUGUAUUCCAGCACAUAUUAUUAUCAAGGGUUUGCUGCGAGGUCUGGUUGUGAACUGCGAUGGACAGCUGAAAGCUGAAGUCACUGCAAUGGCUGCCACCUAUGAACACAGGCUGCAGUUGGGAAAUAAGGCUAUAUUUCAUAUCGAGGCUUUCAUUGCCAAAUUUAUGAGCAUCUAUAAGCGAUUCCUAGAGGAAGGCAUAUCUGGAAUGGACUUCUAGUUAAUUAAUUAAUUAAUCAGGCACAUCUUUAUCAGUAGUCUACUGUACGUAUCUUUAAGUGUACAGUAUUUUUCAAUCAGCCAAUAGUGCAUUGGGUCUGUUAAUACGAGACUGCGUUUGAGUUUCAA